UUAUUUCUUUUCCAGGAGGAUCCUUUACGCGCGGCACUUGCGAGAUGAUAGAGAUGCAGAGAUGAGGCUUGCACGGUUCUCCAUGCUGCCUCUCCUCCUCCUCCUCCUCAUCCUCUCCUCCUGAUGAGGGGACAACAACAAGGCUGCCUGAUGUUAGAUGCCCUUUCCCAACAAGAAUAUGGCAAAGGUGGAGCAAUCAGAGCUGGGCUCCUGACGGGACCGUUAAUCCUUUCAGUGCACCAAAGCGGUUUGGAGACGUUUGGAUGGAAAUCAAGCGAUUGUCUGUUUUUGGUGUUGUAUGAAACCGGAGAUUAGUUGUUCUCCCUUCAAGACUGCAUUGAGGAGAUUUUUUUUAAAGUACUCUCAGAUCUAAAUGGAAUUAGUUGAGUCUGCAGUCGUUUGUGAAAGGAACAGACAUGGUACAUGGACACAGCUUCCAUUAUGUUGUUGCAAGUCUUCUCCUACUUGGCUUGUCUGGUGCAACAAAGAAAGACUCAGCAGUGACAAACAAUUCUGGGGUGAAGCCAGCUGGUCAGUGUGGAACAUGGGUAAAAGAACCAGAAGGCGGCAUUUUUACUUCUCCCAAUUACCCAAAGAAAUACCCCCCAAGCACAGAGUGUGUUUACAUCCUUGAAGCCCCCCCGAGGCAGUGCAUCGAGCUCCACUUUGAGGAGCACUACUCCAUCGAGUCCUCUUGGGAAUGUAAAUUUGACCACAUCGAGGUUCGCGAUGGACCUUUCAGCUUCUCCCCCAUGCUCGGACGCUAUUGCGGUCAGCAAAGCCCGCCGGAUAUCAGGAGUAGCGGGCGUUAUUUGUGGAUAAAAUUUGUUACGGACGGCGAACUUGAGGCGGUGGGAUUUUCGGCCAACUACAACUUCACCGCAGAUCCGGACUUUUCCGAUUUAGGAGUACCACAGCCUCUUCCCUCGUGUCAGUACGACAUGGUCGGUCCUGAAGGUAUCAUCGAGUCUCAUCAAAUCAUCAGAGACGGGAAGGCAGGUGCCAAUGAGGCCGUCGACUGCAAGUGGUACAUCCAGGCACCGCCGCGCUCCAAGAUCUACCUGCGUUUCCUUGACUACGAAAUGGCCAACUCUAAUGAGUGCAAGCGUAACUUUGUGGCGGUUUACGAUGGCGGCAGUUCGGUGGAGGACCUGAAGAGUAAAUUCUGCUCCACGGUGGCUAACGACCUCAUGCUGGUUUCCACACUGGGCGUCAUCCGGAUGUGGGCGGACGAGGCCAGCCGGAAAAGUCGCUUCCGCAUUCUUUUCACCACCUACCAAGAGCCUCCAUGUGAUCCAGAUGCCUUCUUCUGCCACAGUAACAUGUGCAUAAACAACACACUGGUGUGCAACGGCAUGCAAAACUGUGUGUACCCAUGGGAUGAGAAUCAGUGUAAAGAGAAGAGAAAAGCCAACAUCCUGGACAACCUGAACAACACCAACGGGACCAUCAUCGGCGUCACCUGUUGCAUCGUCCUCCUCCUCCUCAUCAUCUCCGUCAUCGUCCAAAUCAAGCAGCCUCGCAAAAAGUACAUCCUGCGGCGUGAGGACUUUGACCCCACCAUGUUUCAGGAAGUCUUCGAGCCGCCUCACUACGAGCUGUGCGCUCUCCGCGGCGCCACCACCACGGCCGCCGCCGCCUCAGCAGACCUCGUCGACCUGGCGGAAGACUUUGAGAACUACCACGCCCUCCGUCGUGCCUCCUCACGCUGCAUCCACGACCACCACUGUGGCUCUCCCUCCAACCCGGGCUCGACCCACAUAUCCCAGCUGUCCCUCAGCGGGCGAGGGAGCCGCGGCAACCUGAGCGCGCGGGACGCGGCGGCCAGCCUGCUGGCGGACCUCCCGCAGCCUCCAAUGUCCGUGCGGCCCCUGCUGCCCUCAGCGGGGAACCGCAGGAGCAUCUUGGUCAUGAAGCACAGCUACUCGCAGGAGGGAGCGGACAACGGCUACGACCUGGACGACGACAUGGAUGAAGUUCCAACCACCAGCCACCGGCUUUCACGCCACGAAAAGGCAGUACAGCGGUUCUGCCUCAUUGGCUCUUUGAGCAAACAUGAAUCAGAGUACAACACAACUAGGGUCUAAGAGACAAUCUCAAGACGUCUUGAGAGUGUAGCGCAGUCCCGGAUGAGUGGGAGCGGGGCCUCACUGACAUGUGACAAAGUGGAUGAGGGAUGUGCACCAGCAUGAUGCUGAGAGGCCCAAGGACGCUUUGAUGAAACCCAAUUUGAAACCAUGUGAUCAUGUGAACACAAAAGGACUUAAGAAGAAAACACUUCGAAGGAAAUCAUCCCACACUUUUGUUCUUGUCCCCAUGAAAAUGGACUUUCUAAAUUUAGGGUGCUGUUCCUUUAAAGGGGCCCUAUCCUACUCAUGCAACUUUUCAUACAUAUUAAUAAUAUCUUCUAAAUCAGGACAUUGGCAUGAUUUUAGCUUAUCCCUGCUGGAGGUUAUUACCCUAAACACAGUAGAUUGAGUAUUGUAUUUUAAAAAAAAUAACCAAAGUGCCCCAUUGAAAAAUAAUAUAAUUUGAAAAGCCCUUAAAAAUGAGCAGGAUAGGAUAGGACCUCUUACCUUCCCAAGACGCUGAUUUGAUGCAACAGUUCACAAAUAAAGCAUGCAUAUAUCCGAAUGGAUGAACAAAUAUAUAUAUAUUUAUUUUAUCUUAACAAUUGGA